GCGCAACCUCUCGAGACUUUCCUUCAGCGCUGACUGGAACUUCCUGAAGCUGCUUCGUUUCACUUUUCAUUUCUACAAAUUUCCCGUAUUUUGGGAAUAGCACGGAUGUUUUAACUGUCAGUGUCUAGUUUGAAAACACAAGUACAACGCGAAGACAGUUUUAAUACUGUUGUCUUAUGGUUGCUUUCACGAUUAAAGCAUGGCUGCCCUAGAUGCCUCCAAAUAUUUAACAGAAGCGGAGGACGCCGCACAGCUGCUGAGUGACGCCAUCAACUCCAGAGACAAAGAUGAAGCGACUAAACACCUGGAUCGACUUCUGGACCUGAAACUCCCUGUGUGUGUCAAAAUAAAUCCCGAUGCAUACUCUAAAGACAGCAUCAGAUUGAGAGUCGGAGUGGCGGACGCCGUAUCAGAUACCCACAUCCCAAUCACAGUGAUGGUUCCAGUCUACAUGACGGUAUCAGAGCUGAAAGAAAAGAUCAAUAAUGACUAUGGCUUCCACCCGGCUCUCCAGCGCUGGGUGAUCGGAAAGCGCCUCGCCCGAGACAAAGACACCCUGUAUCAUUAUGGAGUCAGAGAUCAUGACGAUACGGCCUUCCUCUUCAUCCUUUCAGCCCAGGCUGCCAAUCUGAGCCGUGAACAAGAGAGAAAAGAAAAAGAGGACAGACGGAUCGACGUUAUAAUAGAGAACAUUGGCGGCCCACCUCAACGACCACCAGAGCUGCGCGCCAGAGGGGCCGAUCUUCCUCAUCCUCCUCUACCUCCUAAACCUCAGGUUGGAUGGUCAUGUCCCGGGUGCACAUUCCUGAAUAAACCGACACGUCCAGGUUGCGAGAUAUGCAGCACGGCGAGACCUGAAACCUAUAUAGUGCCGAACGUGUACCAGCCGGAUGAGGCGGAAAUCAGGAGACUCCAGCAGGAGGAACUUGCCAGCCUGCAGUACGAGCAGUCUCUGAUAGAAGAACGGAAGAAGAAUUUCCAAGAACUCCUGGAAACAGAUUCCCAGAGUCUGGUGGGGAACACAGAUCAACUGGAUUGCGCCAUCUGCUUUUGCACCAUCAUGCCAGGAGAGGGCGCCGUGCUGAGAGAGUGCCUGCAUAGCUUCUGCAGAGACUGCCUGAAGGAAACUGUUCUGAACUGCACGGAUGCCGAGGUGGCGUGUCCCUAUAGAGACAACGCUUAUUCCUGUAACUGCAAACUUCAAGAUCGAGAAAUCAAAUCACUUCUCUCUCAGGACGAGUACCAGAAGUUUCUCGAACUGAGGCUGAACAUCGCAGAGUCGCGCAGUGAGAACAGUUACCACUGCAAGACGCCCGACUGCGCCGGCUGGUGCAUCUUCGAAGAUGACGUGAACGAAUUCACGUGUGACAUCUGCAGUGAGACCAACUGCAUCCUCUGCAAAGCUAUUCACAAGGGAAUGAACUGCCAGGAGUACCAGGACGACCUCCGUAUACGAGCCCAGAAUGAUGACGCAGCCCGGCAGACCACGCAAAUGCUGGAUCAACUCCUGAAGAACGGCGAGGCGAUGAACUGUCCCAAAUGUCAGGUGAUCGUCCAGAAGAAAGAUGGCUGUGACUGGAUCUGUUGUCUGAUGUGCAAGACCGAGAUCUGCUGGGUGACUAAACAAGCCCGAUGGGGACCAAAGGGUGCUGGAGACACAUCAGGUGGUUGCAGAUGUCGAGUCAACGGAGUCCUAUGCCAUCCGCAGUGCCAGAACUGCCACUGAACACUGGCGGCAUCGCUGAACGCUGCUUCUUCAACAAGCAAAAACCUCCGCUACAGUAACACUUACCAAACUCCUUGAAAUAAUCCAGGUAAGGUUGAUGUGCUACAUACAGUUUGAACCUUUAAAACAUUCAAUCCCUCUAGUCAUAUCACUGGCACAUCAAUCAGAAUGCAUAUACUUUCUAGAAAGGGUUCAUCGAUAAGUUCCAGGACUAAAGAUUCAGAACAUGUUUACAAAAAUAAAAGUAUCUGAGCUUUUAUAGGAUAAAAAAAGUGAAAUUUUUAAAACAUGCAUUAAACUGUCUUAAAUCACUACUAUUUUCUGGACACAUGAUGCUCUGGGACUGUGUGCAAUGAUAUUGUAAGAGAAAAGCCUUAAUAUUGUUCAAUCUUGAUGUUUGUAAAAGGUGAUUUUUGUUUAUAUUCCAAAGAUUUGUUUGUUGUAAAAUCAUGGUAGAAUAUGCAAUAUGGCAUGAUGAAGGAAUAAAUCAAGCUAAUAAAGAAAAAAACGACACAUUGAAGAUUAAAUUGAAUGCACAACAAAUGCAUAAAAUGGAGCGGAUUGUAAUCAAAUGAAAAAAGAAAAACAAUUGCAAUUUUUUGUUGUAUUUUUUUAACAUGUCGAAGCAUUAUCAUUCUGUUCUUUUGUUUGCAAUAUUUUAUGAUUCAAUAAAGCUGGUAUACAAAAAUAA